UGCGUUGGAGUGCAGUUUCUGUGCGAUGGAGUGCCAGACUGUCUGGAUGGGAGUGAUGAAAUCAACUGCACAAUGGAUGUUGUCUGUAAGUUCGGUCAGUUGAAAUGCCGCCAUACAGACCAGUGCAUUGGUGUGAACCUAUUAUGCGAUGGCUACAACGACUGCUCGGAUGGCAGUGAUGAGAUGCCUUGUGGUUAG